AUGCAACUUCCCGUUCUACAACGUCUGCGUGAACGGAUCUAUGCAGCCAUAUGGGAUUUCUUGCGCCGACGAAGUCAGGAUCACCCUAUCAUGCGCCCGCGCUCCGUGGCUUUACCAUUCGGCCUAUAUCUCAAGAAGGCUGACCUGCAAGAGGCCCUCGCCACUCAGUAUGUUCACCAGCACACGACAAUCCCUGUUCCUAGAGUUCUCGACGUUGUCCCUUGCGCGAGUGGCUCGAAGGUCUUCAUGCUGAUGACCAGAGUCCCUGGUGAGCAGAUGAGCAGACGUGCAGGGGAUAUCAAGGAUAUCUCGCCUCGUCAGCUUCAGGUUCUUGAAGACACGCUGCGCGGAUGGUUCGAGCAGCUCAGAGCGCUUGAACCUCCAGAUGCGGAUGCGGUGUGUGGAUUUGGUGGUAAUGGGAUCAAAAGCUAUCGCAUCAGGCAUGACCACUACGUCGGGCCCUUCGCCUCACAGCAAGAGUUCCACCAGGAGCUAGUGAGCGGUUACGAGGCGACGCAUGGCGAAUUGGUUGCUCCUAGCCACUCGAAACCUCAUCGCAUCUGUUUCACGCAUGGGGACAUCUCCCCCUACAACAUUCUCCUUGACGAAGACAUGAAACCUGUUGGGCUCGUCGACUGGGAAUGCGCGGGCUGGAUGCCUGAGUAUUGGGACUACACGUACGCGCUCUAUCUCAAAAAUCCGGUGUACAUGGAAUGGGUCGAUUUGUUCACUCGCAUCUUCCCUCAAUACCGUGUCGAGUUUGAGGCUGAGUGCAAAUUAUGGGAGGUCGCGGCGCCGUGGUGA